UCUCUUGCAUUCUUGCAAGAUGAAAGGAGAUGACCAUGAAUGAGCCGCUAGACGAUGUUGCAAAUGCUUCUGAUUUCCCCGAUUAUGCAGCUGCUUUUGGAAAUUGCACCAAUGAGAAAAUCUCACUCAAGAGGCACUACCUCCCUGUUAUUUACAGCAUCAUCUUCCUGGUGGGCUUUCCAGGGAACGCGGUAGCAAUUUCCACUUACAUUUUCAAAAUGCGGCCCUGGAAAAGCAGCACCAUCAUCAUGCUGAACCUGGCCUGCACAGACCUGCUGUAUCUAACCAGCCUCCCUUUCCUGAUUCACUACUACGCCAGUGGCGAACACUGGAUCUUUGGGGAUUUCAUGUGCAAGUUUAUCCACUUCGGCUUCCAUUUCAACCUGUACAGCAGCAUCCUCUUCCUCACCUGUUUCAGCAUCUUCCGCUACUUUGUGAUCAUUCAUCCGAUGAGCUGCUUUUCCAUUCACAAAACUCGGUGGGCCGUGGUGGCCUGUGCUGUGGUGUGGGUCAUUUCGCUGGUGGCCGUCAUUCCCAUGAUCUUCCUGAUCACAUCAACCACCAGGGCCAAUAGAUCCGCCUGCCUUGACCUCACCAAUUCGGAUGACCUCACUACUAUCAAGUGGUAUAAUCUAAUUUUGACUGCAACCACUUUCUGCCUCCCCCUGCUGAUCGUGACACUUUGCUAUACGGUGAUUAUCUACACCCUAACCCAAGGACCUCGGACUCACAGCUGCCUUAAGCAGAAAGCUCGCAGGCUAACCAUUCUGCUACUCCUCGUGUUUUAUAUAUGUUUUUUACCCUUCCAUAUCUUGAGGGUCAUUCGGAUUGAAUCUCGCCUGCUUUCCCUCAGCUGCUCCACAGAGACUCAGAUCCACAAAGCUUACAUCGUUUCUAGACCAUUAACUGCCCUGAACACCUUUGGUAACCUGUUGCUGUAUGUGGUGGUCAGCAGCAACUUUCAGCAGGCCAUCUGCUCAAUGGUGAGAUGCAAAGCAAGGAGGGACUCAGAGGAGCCAAAGAACAUCAGUCACUCAAACAACCCUUGAUGUACUUCAUUUAUCAACCAAAGAGAAAAGCCUGCUGAUACGUUACCUUUGACUUCUAAGAAGUCCAGAAUAUCUCCCUCAAUGGAAGUCUUAGUAAAUCUUGUGUAUUCAGGUAAUUGUGUGCCAAAGCCGGGCAGGGCUACUAGGAGCUCUUUGCAACGUGUUUAUUGAGAUCUUCCCUUGGGUAAGAUGUAAGAAUGGGAUCCAUGCAUAUCAGUAAA